UGUUACAGCCUUUGGGAGGACGGUCCUAAUUUUCCUCGCCCCAAUGAGUGUCUUCCAACAGCGGUGCGAUGCAAAGCGACACUCCUCUACUCCUGCCUCCUUUUUUUUCUAUUUUUUUUUUCCCCUUCUGUUUUACAGGCCGAUUGCCAAACGGGAUGAUCCAGAGUUGUGUCCUCUUUGCCUGGAGAGCAUAAAUACCACUGGGGAGCUCUGCGAGACCGCAGUUGGUGCUCGCUGCUGAGCCGAGACCUCGCGUCCCCACACCUCCCCGGGCUCCCUGCAUCCUUUCCCUCUCCUCGCUGAAAUAUUGCAGCUAUAUAAUUUAUUUCCCAGCAGCAAGCUUGGAGGAGCGACUGCUUCCUAAGAAGUGCUCGACGAGAUCUGUGCUGAGCCACUGGAGACCCUGAAAGGAAACUCUUCUGCUGCCUUCAUUCUAAUUCUGCCCGCUGUAGAAGAGCCAUGGAUCCUGCCCUGCCUUGGAUCCUGCCUCUUGGAUGUGUCCUGCUCCUGGCAAAUGCAGCCCACUGCUUUAUUUUGCCCAACUCGAGUCACCUGGAGAGCAUUUUGAGCAAAUAUCAGGAUGGGGAAGCUCACUCCAGAUCCAAGAGAGCCAUUUUGUUUUCAGACCGACAGGAGAUACUGAUGCUCCACAAUAAAUUAAGAGGUCAAGUGUAUCCAUCAGCCUCCAAUAUGGAAUACAUGACUUGGGACGAUGAGCUGGAAAGAUCAGCCCACGCCUGGGCUCAGCAGUGCAUCUGGGACCAUGGGCCCAGUGCCCUCAUCAGAUCCAUUGGUCAGAACCUGGCAGUUCACUGGGGCAGGUAUCGCUCUCCUGCUUUCCAUGUCCAAUCCUGGUAUGAUGAAGUCAAGGAUUACUCGUACCCAUACCCACAUGAGUGCAACCCAUGGUGCCCAGAUAAAUGCACAGGCCCCAUGUGCACGCAUUACACUCAGAUAGUCUGGGCCACAACAAACAAGAUUGGCUGUGCUGUGAACGUCUGCAAGCAGAUGAAUGUCUGGGGAGAGAUCUGGGAGAACGCCGUCUACCUGGUCUGCAAUUACUCGCCCAAAGGCAACUGGAUUGGAGAAGCCCCAUACAAGAACGGCCGCCCCUGCUCUGAGUGCCCCCCCAGCUACGGGGGUGGGUGCCAGAACAACCUCUGCUACAAAGAUUAUCGUUACGAAGACCCCUACAUCACCGAGACGGAUGAGACCAACGAAGUGGAAACCCCACAGCUCGCAGAGCACAAGCCUGUGUGGUUCCAUCCUCCAGAGAAUGAGCCCAGCAAAACCAUCAAGCCCAAGAAAACCACCUCCAGCUCCUACAUGACACAAGUCAUUACCUGUGAGACCAAGAUGAGAGACAAAUGCAGAGGCUCAACAUGCAACAGGUAUCUGUGCCCAGCUGGCUGCUUGUACAGUAAGGGAAAGAUCUUUGGAACAUUUUAUUACGAGAGUUCAUCAAGCAUAUGUCGGGCUGCAAUUCACUAUGGCAUCUUGGACAACAAGGGAGGACUUGUUGAUAUUACAAGGAAGGGGAGGACGCCGGCCUUCGUGAAGUCUACCAGGAACGGUGUGGAAUCUUUCAGGAAAAAUAAACCUUCCAAUGCAUUCAUGGUUUCCAAAGUCGCAACACAGACACUGGAUUGCUACACCACAGUAGCUGAGCUGUGCCAGUUCAAAAAGCCUGCGACCCAUUGCCCAAGGAUUUAUUGUCCAGCCCACUGUAAAGAUGAGCCAUCCUACUGGGCACCGGUUUUUGGCACAAACGUUUAUGCAGAUAGCUCCAGUAUCUGCAAAAGCGCAGUGCACGCAGGGGUCAUUGCAGAUGAAGAAGGUGGCUUUGUGGAUGUGAUGCCUGUAGAAAAGAAGAAAAGUUACGUCGGAUCCUUAAAGAAUGGAGUCCAGUCUGAGAGCUUGAGGAGUCCUUCAGAUGGAAAUGCUUUCCGAAUUUUUGCUGUGAAGCAGUAAAUUCCUAGGGAAGGUGCAAGUUUCUUCAGGAGAGCUCUCCAUUGAUCUCCAGAGACAGGAAAGCUCCUCUGAUAGCAUCAGCUCUGAACAUACCCUCCUUGCCAAUCUCUUUCAGGGAAUUAGAAAAGAAAAAAAAAAAAAAAAAAGAAAAAGACAAAAAAAGAAAAAAAAUGGACACCAGGUUCUGACUCAGCUGUUUGCAUCUCAUCGCACCGUUCAGCGUUGUAUCUUUUUGUUUUGCAUUUUUUUUUCCUCUAGGGGCAUUCAGCAAUGAUAAACUGUUCUUACUUUCAAUUUAAGAGAGAGGUGUGCUGCACAGAACUGCAGUGGCUCAAUGUACAGCAGCCAUAGGGAUCUCGACCUGGCCCUGGAUGCCUUUUUUGGAGUGUGAAGCGUCUUCUCCUGUGGACAGGAUGACAUACGGACUCAGAAGUGAGCAACUGUCCAUGCGCUGGGCCUUCUGAAAUGAGAAACUGUUUUAAAAGCUGCAUCUUCUGGGGAGAGGUUGGGCUGCGAUUGAGUAGAUUGAGAUUUGUUUAUGUUUGGUGAUUCAUGUGCAAAAGAAGAGAGCAUUUGGUAUUUUCCUAAUGAGGUGAGAUGCAUCGGUGCCGCCAUGUUGGCUGCUGCGGUGUUGCACUUGGCCAAGUUGUAUGGAGGGGGAGAGAAUGUUUCUGUCGACCAGACGUCGGGGAUUUCUGGGCACUGGAGUGGGACAUGAGAUGGUGGCAGAGAUCCUUGCUGCAGAAAAUGAGGCCACCCCAUAAUCGCAACAGCAGGUUUAGUGUUUGCUGGUCAAACAUUUGCAGGUACUUUGCAAGUCUGGUAACUCAUGAGAAGUCAGUGAACUGGGGCUCCUGUGCUGGCACAUCUCAUAUUAUAUUACAUGCCAUUUACAAUAAAAUUUCAGUUAAAUGCAGCGUAUUUAUACAGCAGUGCUGGUUGUUUUAUCUGUAGUAGUAGAGUAGAGACAAUGUUAAUCUUAUUUUUGCUAGGAAUGAUUGCAUCCGUAGGAAGCAUGUUCACUGUACCUUUGUGAAGCUCUUUGUUGUUGUGUGUGCAGUUCUGAGACUUGGAAGAUAUGACGUAAGUUGGGAUGGAUGAGUUUUUUUACACUGUUUUUGACAAUGAUAGAUCCCACCUUUCAGUAUAAAUGCUGUACCCUUGAGCAUUUAACAUCCACGAUGCUGUUCUGCAAAACCCAUAGGUAUUUUCAUGACAUUAUUUAAUGUUUUGUUAGCGAUGUCUGAGCACGCAUCCAAAUGCAUUUCAGGAGCCAAGAAAACAGCCUGGCCUGAGCUACUCUUUAUGGCUAGAGAGUAUUCUUUGCUUCACAUAAGAAAUUUACUUCAGGCUUGGUAUAAACACAAGGCUGAUUGUCUUUUGAUGCACAAAAUCCAGUAACCUCACUGUUCAUGAGAAGGCAACAUAAACUUUAGUUCUUCAGUCCUUGUAAACAGAGAGUCUCUCUGCUUGUUAACUUGAUUGUAAUAUUGUAUAACAAAUUGGGAAAUACUUCAUGCUACUUGGCAGAUGUCUCCUAGCCAUUCUUAGGCUCAGGCUGUGUUCAGUUUAAUCAAGGAAGAUCUAAAAGCCAUGUCUUCAAGCUGUUUCAAAACACAGACCAAAAAUUAAGCACUUCUUAAAUUGUGCAAAUGCCGUGAAAUCAGCGAGGAAAUUACAUUUAUCACUUAAUUUGUCUCUCUGUUGGGUUUCUCUGUGAAAUCUGACCUUUUGCAAAAUAAGAAGUUGUAACUGCUUUGUGUUGUCUCCGAACACAAAGGCUGCACAGCAGGCCUACCUUCGGAGAGAUACAGAGAAAUGACUUUCUUUCACCUUUGUUUCUACGGCAUUGCCUUCCAAGGUGUACAGCUUUAGGUAGGAAGAAGUAAUACUUGUAUUUUCUCAGUAGGUAAAAUGAUGUUAAAAACAGCUGGAACAUAUCAUAGAAAAACUGCUGAUUGGAAGCAUUUGAGAUCUUGGCAGUGAGAUAAGGCUUCCCUGUUCGUGCCCACUGUGAUUAAUUGUGCUGUAUGCAGUCUAGCUCGAGCCCGUUAAAUGCUGCAGCGUGAAUCUAUGGCCAUCAAAGGCCAAAUGGUAGCCACAGGGCCAUUGACUGAAGUGGAAAGUGUAAGAGAUGACAUUAGGCAUCCAGGGGCCUCCUUCCCACUGACUUCAUGCAGAUUGCAAGAGCACAUAAAAUGCCUCAAAACCAGUGUAGGAUCCCACCUCUAAUAUGUUGUCCGUGACAAUUGUGUAUGCUGUAAAAUAGUGGAAAUAAAUGUGAGGGCUCUUGAAGAAAAGCCUAGAGGAUUAAUGUAGAGCACAUACAAGUCCAAAUAGCUUGGGAUGUAUCUACCUGAUGGAAAAAGAGAAAGGUAGGAAUUAUCAUUCCAACAGAAAUAUCUUAAAAUGCUUAAUUCAAGUUAAAGUUGCAUAUUUUUAUCUUCAGCCAACUGGUUUGGGUUUUUAGAAACUGGUCUUAAUUUAAGUCUGUCUGUUUAUUUUUGUAUUUGUUGUACAAAAGAGAAAUUGUGACUUUACUACGCAAAUAUUAUUUGAGGUCCUGGGUGCUAUUAAUUUAAACAUACCUCCACCAGAAUUAGGUGCGAUCAGGUCCUCCAAGACAGUAAUGAUAUAUCACUUGUAAUCACGUGUGCUAACUAUUCACCUAUAGGUGGGACAGUACCAGUUUUUAGCCAAAUAUUUACUGAUUUUACUUCUAAUACCAAAACAUUUCUUAGCCUAACAUAUUUCUAUGCAGCUUAAAGACACAGCAGGUCUUUACAUCUCCAGACACAUUCCUCCUUAGACCCUAGCUCUGCAGAUUGGUAAGCACAUGCCAAGUAACGCACCUGGGUGCAGCCACGCUGAAGCAUUUGUUUAAACUCAUGGCAAAGCUGAUGCUGUGUAGUUGUUCUAGUUAACCCAGCUGCCAGCAUGCACUCAGGCCUGCUAGCUCCAUUAACUUCUUCAUUUUAAGUCAUCGGCAGUCAUUCAGCCAACAGUUGGUUGAAGAGCCUCCAAUCGUGUACUUGGUCAGUUGUGCAGUCUAUGUAUUUAGGGCCAGUUCAUAGAGUUGCUUUUUUUUUUUUCUAUGAAAAAUGAUGUAUUUUACUACUUCCUAUGUAUAAAAGUUUCUUGUAAAUUUUUGUGUGCCUUUGCAUGUUUUUCGAGGGGCUGUGUGUUUGUUUAUAAACUAUAUAUAUUUUUUUCUAAAUACAGAAUUGUAAAAUAUCUGUUCGCUCCCUUCUCCCUUCCCCCCUUUUUCUUUUUAUUUCUGAAUUAUUUGUGAAAUAAAACCUCCCCCAAAUGAA